GAGAGAGAGAGAGAGAGAGGUCUAUCAGGUUAUGACCAGCAACCGUGCAUGAUGGUAAAUGGGCAGUAGCAGCUAUAGAUGCCCUACGAUCACAUUGGCGUGUGCCAUGCUCCAUUCCCGUUUCUAGCCCGUGGAGUCUCCCCGAAACCCUGCUCCUCUCCUGCUUUGCUUGCAUAGCUCGUCCCUCCUCCUCCACUAGCUCACUGCUCAUUUUGCUGGUGCUGCGGGGUUCACAAGAGGAGGGAAAGAAGAACUUGUGCCGUGUACGGCAAUCGCUCGCAUGCUUCUCCCUCCUCCUCCUCCUCUCGCUGCUGCAGCUGCUCGUCUUUUGUUGCUUUGCUUCUCUUUGGGCCAGCUAUUGGUUUUGACAUAUAACACAAGGAAGACACCAAGGGAGCCAGGGGAGCAGAGAGGCUAAGAUCUUCAGGGCACUUGCGUACGUCGUUGGCAGCGCUUGGCCGCUUGGCACCUGGUAGGGAGGAACAGGCCGGGGAGAUGGGGGAGGCAGCAGAGAGCAAGAAGAGCAGAGGUGGCUGCUCAACUCUUCACAACUGGAUGGGUCAGCCGAGCGAUCAGGACGAGGAGGAGAAGACGCUGGAGCUCAGCCUCGGCCUCCCCGGCGGCGAAGCCUGGCGGACGGUGUGCAAAGAGAAGGGGAAGCCCUCUGCUGUCCACAGCUCCAUGCUCUCUCUUGGCUACUCCGCCGAUUUCUCCCACUCGCAAGGCAAGGCGAAGGGGUCCCAAGCAGCAGCUACAGGGAAUGCCCUUGCAUGCACCAACAAUGGCUCCCAGACAAGAUCUCCUACUAGCCCAGUUAUCGGGUGGCCACCAGUUCGUACAUUCAGAAGAAAUCUGGCUACCUCUAUCAAAGCAUCCCUUGAACAGCAGAACGUGAAGAAGACUGCCAAACCUGAAGAGACCAAAAGAGCUCCAUUUGUAAAGAUUAACAUGGAUGGUAUCCCUAUUGGUAGAAAAAUCGAUCUGAAUGCCCUUGACAGCUACGAGAAGCUUUCUCUGGCUGUCGACAAGCUAUUCCGGGGCCUUCUUGCAGCGCAACAAGACCCUCUAGCUGCAGGGACAAAGGAGUGUGCUCAGGAAGAGGUGGCAAUAUCUGGUAUACUAGAUGGAACUGGCGAAUACACUCUUGUUUAUGAGGAUUAUGAAGGUGAUAGGGUGCUGGUUGGAGAUGUUCCGUGGGGGAUGUUUGUUUCUUCAGUGAAGAGGCUGCGGGUUCUGAAGACAUCGGACCUCUCUUCAUCUCUAACAGCAUCAGGCCAGAAAAGAACAGUGGCCGAGUGUUGACCCUUGAGUGAGAGGCACUUCCUGUGGUGUUUGCUGUGAAGAAGAAACGAUCUUCUGUGCUUGUAUCAUCUUCCUUUCUGUUUUCUUCCUUCCUUUUGCUUACUUUCUUUCUCUCUAUGACGCUUCCGAGAAGUGAUGUGUUUGUGCAAUUUCACAUGGCCGUCUGUAAAUGUUCAGACAAGUCAUCUCUACGCUUAUCAGCCUGUUUUAUUUGUUGCCUGUAACCUACCGAUUAGUUGUACUGAUCUUUGAGGGGUGAUUAUUGUUAUCGGAUGAUUACUGUUACCGCUGUCACCUGCUUACCCUUUUCAGGCUGAAAUCUGAAUGAUGCAGGGUGUUUUUUCCCC